CUUGGUGCAUUCUGUCACAGACGAUUUUUCACUCCUAACCUUAAAAUGAUGCGCUUCGUUGUUCGGAUUGCCGCUGCUUUAGCGAUUUGGGCGUCUAUCGCCACAGCUCAGGAGCUUUACUGUACCUCGCCAUCGAAGUUCUACGUCUCCAGAGUUGUGCACAAUUGGAUUGGAGCCGCCGAGUAUUGUCAUUUGCUUGGUAUGCGGAUGGCAGUGAUUGAUUCCGAGGCCAAGCAAAACGAAGUUGUCCGGCUGGUGGAGCAUUCGUUGGUGUUCAAUGCCACCCGGACGGAUCUGUGGAUUGGAGCAAGUGAUCUGGCCGAAGAGGGCAAGUUUGUGUGGCUCGAAACAGGUAUGGAGGUGAGCAGGACUUACACCAACUGGGCCCGAAGUCAGCCGGACAAUGCCUGGACUGGUGAGCACUGUAUUCACAUGUGGUACGAACCGUCCAGGAAUUUUACCUGGGAGUGGAACGAUUUGGAUUGCGAGCGGAAGUUGGUGCCGGUUUGUGAGAAUAUACCUAAUGUGCCGUAAUUUAGCGCAUUUUCGAAAAAUUACAAUAAACCUAAAAUGUGACAAAGAAGACACUAUUCUCUGGUAAUAAGAUUGAAAAAUCUGGAUAACAGUAUAA